AUGGAGCCCAAGGAGGCGAAGAAGACGACCGUGUGGGGUAACCUGCGGCAGAGGGCCAAGCCGCUGUUUCAGAAUAUGAGGAAGCCCAGGGGAGGCCCCGGGAAGCCAGGUCUGAGGAAGAAGCAGCCACUGAACCAGCGGCUGAGUGUCUCGGUGCCUGACCUGCGCUGUAUUGACGAGCCCGGCCCCAUGGACACGCCCGACGCCUUCAAGAGCCCCACCUCUGAAGUCCUGUUCUUCAGCCCCUCUCCCCCGCUCCGGAGGGUCCAGGAGGAAGGCAACAAGUACGAUGAGAGACCGAACGUGUCUCCAGACAGACUGACCGUAGUCCCAGGCAGCAUGACCGAGGCCACAGAGAGAGAGGCCGUGGUACCGUAUAGACCGAUAAUGUACAGAGAGAGAGUGCCCUUUUCCACAGAUAGACUCAGCAUGCCCGAGGACAGACUGACCACAGCCAUUGAAAGAGUGUUUGAGGAUAGAGAGGGAGUGACCACAUUUGAAGACAGGGUGACCAUGGCCGUGCCUGAAGAUACAGUGACCAUGCCUGAAGAUACAGUGACCGUUCCCUCAGACAGAGUGACCGUUCCCUCAGAAAGCGUGACCGAGCCCUCAGACAGGGUGACCGAUCUCUCAGACAGAGCGACUGCACUCGCCCGUGGCACAGACUGGACGCCCCACCGGCCCCUUAUGAGAUCUCCUCAUGAGAAGCGUAUAUACUCUUUCGCCUCGUUCGACACGGUGCUGUCGGACCAGGCCGAGCUGGGCCCAAUCGAGCCCUCCUUAUUUCAGCCCAGCGAGACAUCCUCCGCGGGCACGCCGGACGACAGGAGUGAGGUGUCCCAGGUGCAGGCUGAGACUGCAGUGAGUCCAGACCCGAACGCUUACUACCUCCUGACCAUCAACCUGAAGGAGGGCAGGAACCUGGUGAUCCGCGAUCGCUGUGGCACAAGUGAUCCUUACGUCAAAUUCAAAAUAGAUGGAAAGACAUUCUACAAAAGCAAAGUGGUCUACAAAAACCUCAACCCAAAGUGGAAUGAAUCCUUCUCCUAUCCUGUCCGUGACUUGGGGAAGAGUCUUUAUGUGAGGGUGUACGACCGUGACCUGACCACUGAUGACUUCAUGGGUGGCAGCAGCAUGCUGCUGAGUGACCUGGAGCUGGACAGAACCUGUGAGAAGGUGCUACACCUGGAAGACCCAAACAGUAUCGAGGAUGACAUGGGCACCAUAGUGAUUGACGUUCGUCUGUCACGAAGGGAUGAGGACAGGAAGAGAAACCUGAAAUGGCCACCAAAACGAAAAAGGAGCUUUAAGUCGAACGCGCCCCCUCAGACUCGGCGGCUCUCGGACGCUCUUAGGAAGAGCCAGCUGUGGAGUGCGGUGGUGGGCGUGACGCUGGUGGAGGGGCGGGACCUCCCUGAGGAUGGCUCGGGGGACGUCUUUGUGCGCUUCAGGCUGGGCGACCAGAAGUACAAGAGCAAGAGCCUGUGCAGGAAGGCUAACCUGCAGUGGAGAGAGAGGUUCGAAUUCAACCAGUUCCAGGACGGGACGGACUUGCUGGAGGUGGAGGUGUGGGCCAAGGAGGGCAGAAAGUGUGAGGAAUGUUUAGGAGUGUCAGAGGUGGAGCUGUCCCGUGUGCCAGUCGGGCAGUCCCAGCUCUACACGCGUGUGCUGGACCAGGGGAGGGGCCGUGUGGUGUUUCUGGUCACCGUGACGCCCUGUUCGGGGGUGUCCAUCUCCGACCUCUGCACCCCCCCGCUGGAGGACCCCAACGAGAGGGAGACGCUGCUGGACAGAUACAGUCUGCGGAACUCCCUCGAGAACAUGCGGGACGUCGGCUUCCUCCAGGUCAAAGUCAUCAAAGCUUCGGAUAUCCUAGCGGCUGAUCUGAACGGGAAGAGCGAUCCGUUCUGCGUGUUGGAGCUGGGGAACGACAGGCUGCAGACGCACACCGUGUAUAAGACCCGGAACCCGGAGUGGAACACGGUCUUCACCUUUCCAGUCAAAGACAUUCACGAUGCGCUAGAGGUGACCGUCUUUGAUGAUGAUGGAGACAAACCGCCAGACUUCCUGGGUAAAGUGGCCAUCCCUUUACUCUCGAUUCAUAGCCGUCAACAGUUCUCCUAUGUUUUGAAACGAGAAGAUUUGUCUGGGCCAUCCAAGGGGACCAUAUUGCUGGAGCUGGAACUUUUGUAUAACCCCGUUCGAGCAAGCAUCAGAACGUUCAAACCCAAAGAGAACAAAUUCAUGGAGGAUAACCCAAGGUUCUCCAAAAAGGUUCUGGCCCAGAACGUGUCUCGCGUGCGUAAAAUCACCCGAGCUGUGCUCUACACCCUGCAGUACAUCAAGAGCUGUUUCCAGUGGGAGAGCGUGCAGAGAAGCCUCAUAGCUCUUCUGAUCUUUGUCUUCACGGUGUGGCACUGGGAGUUCUACAUGCUACCGCUCUUCCUCUUCCUCCUCAUCGCUUGGAACUACUUCCAGGUCAUCACAGGAAAGAUCACCCACUCCUCCGACCUGGUCAGCAUCGACUUGUGUGAUGAUGAAGAUGAUGAGGACAAGGAACAGGAGAAAAGAGGAUUGAUAGAGAAAAUCCACAUGAUUCAGGAGAUAGUGGUUACUGUCCAGAACCUUCUGGAGGAAAUCGCCUGCCUCGGUGAAAGGAUCAAAAACACUUUUAACUGGUCGGUGCCGUUCAUAUCCAACCUGGCCGCCCUGGUUCUUGUGGUGGCGACGGUGGUAGCUUACUUCAUUCCUCUGCGCUACUUAGUGUUAAUAUGGGGCAUCAACAAAUUCACCAAGAAGCUGCGUAAUCCCUAUGCCAUCGACAACAACGAAAUCCUUGACUUCCUCCAGCGGGUGCCAUCCGACGUUCAGAAGGUGCAGUAUGCUGAGCUGCGGGCUGCCCGAGGCCCCGCCCAGCCCAGGAAGAAGAAGGGUGGUUCAUAGAUACAGCCAUGGAAGAUUAGGCUCUUCCAGAAGGGGAAGACCAGGCCCUAUCCAGCGAAGACCAUGCCCCCCCCCCCCCCCAACUGGGUCACCUCGGCAACCACUCCCUGGCCGUGUCUAGCAGGCUGUGGCACAUGUGGCCUGGUCUUGGCUCGGAGGACUGUUCAGUGGUAAUGUGAGGGACUGUAAAGCUCAACACACCAACAGCUUAGCAGUGGAUGAUCCAGCCUCCCUCACCUGUGUGUUCACCUCUGUCUCUGUCCCUGUCUGCGAGGAAAGGCGGCUUCUGCAAAUGAAAGUGCAAUCUGUAGCUGGUGGAAGAGUGAGGCUUCAUGAGAAUCAUUAUGGGUUGGGCUACCACAUGCUGUCAAUCACGACUCCUCUGGACCAAUCAAAAUACUUACUGUCCACAGUAAAACACUGAUUGGUUGAAAUCAACGGUGGUGUUCCAAAAUCCAUACUUAGGCCCUCUGUCAGGAUAGUUGAGAAAUGUUGUAUUUUUGUAGACCAUAAUGUGGGCACAUCUGAAUUCACAAAAAAGCACAGUAAUGUCUUGUUUAGCACUAUGGUUUCCCUGAAAAGAAAUCCACGGUCAGAGCCAACAGUAAUGAGCCAGCAGGUUUCCUCUCUGCUUCUCCUCCACUCCCUGCUGUAGCACGACAUAGCCAUUAUGUGCCCACGCUGGCGUGGUGAAAACCACUGAUCUUUUUAGUGAAAAUGUGAGAAAGCAAUGAGUAGAACUGAAAAGGACUCGGGGGAAGGCAAGCGAGACAGUUUAAGAAAGAAAGCUGCAACUUUGUUGGUUUUACCUGGCAGACCAGUAUGUCCAUAAUGGGCAAGACUGCUGCAACCUGUCUGGGGUCACUGUGGUUUUGGGCUCUCUCAGCUUGAGGUGACUGUCUGUUUCUCCUUCACUGGGGGGGCUAAUUUUAGGUCUGAUUUGAGCCACCUCACCUCGAUGCCUGUGGAGUGGAACGGCCCUUGGUAGAGUGGAAUGGUGCUGGAGGUGUGUCAAAAUGAGGGCGAUUCAGAAACGUAGCUAACUGCUUGUAACACACGGUAGCUAAACCCAUUUUCAGGUUGAAGCCUCACUUUUCCAUCCCUAGCACUCUCCUCAUGCAGAGGAAAGUGCUUAUUAAUUCUUA